AUACCACAGACGAGAUGUGGAAUGGGAUAGCUGUGCAGUAUGGGACCAAUGACUAUAGGGACCUUUCGAGGUUAUCACCAACUUAUAGGGAAGGCCCUCCCCCCGCCUCUUCUGAAGACGGGGGAAUUUCAUGGUCCCCAAGCUCGAUCUCGGGGGAAAGUUCCAGCAACAUGGACUCCGACCUCGACGCCCUCAUCGACAAUGCGGGUGCCAAGAGGAGCAAGCGCCCCAGGGCAAGGGGACUGACAACCAGUCAGCCUGGGAAAAGCUCCAAGAGAUCCAGGAAAACGCCUCCUCCUCCCCCGCCGGCUUCGAGCUCUGCUGCUGCGUCGACUGGCCAGACUAACGUCCCCACGAGGAUACCACCCUCGCAGGUCGUCGUCCCUGUGGUGGCGCCGGCCUCGCAGACUGAUAUCGCUGCCGUGGUUGAAUCCCAACCUCCUGUGGCGGGUCAAAUGCCUUCUACCCAGCUCGCCAAAAGACCUUCUGCUUCCCGAGCCCAGAAGCUAACUAUUUCCACCCAUAUGGAUUCGUAUGUGGUGGAUAAUGCUGCCGGUCCUCACGGGUCUACGCUGAUCUCGGAUGUAAUGUCCCGGAUUGGCCAGAGCUACGGCAAUUUUGAGGCUCCUCAGUGGCAGUGUCUAACUGGCACUCGGGACCGCACUGUCCUGUACGAGAAGAGUAUCGAGCACACUGCCGCGGCUCUUGCUUUCACUGCCCAGCUUAAUUACGAGCUGAACAACGAGGUCCAUACGAGCAGGACCCUCGCCCAAGAGGAGAGGGACCUCCACCUUAAAGCGAAUGACGACCUGAAGGCAGUGAAUACUAAGCUCGAGGCAGUGGUUAAGGAGCGUGAGGAAAUGGCCAAGGAGCUCGGAAAGCUGAAAAACGAACUCGAGGAGCAGAAGAAAGACAACAUCCAGCUUCGGGAGACCAACAAGAAGCUCGAGGAAGACAAGGCCGUCACCCUCGACCUCAUGGAGGAUAUCAAAACCCGCCUUACUGCUGAGUUCAAAGAAAAGAAGGAAACGGCGGUCGAUUCAGCCAUGUACCGGAUGUGGGCCUAUAACGAAGAACUGGACACCAGUUUUUUGGGUCCCCUCGAGGCGUCCUUCCUCGAACGAUGGAAUGCCCCGCUCGAGAAGGAAGAGGCUGACCAGCUCGAGAAGGAUAAAGCUACUCCGAGUACUGUUUCGGAGGGAGCUCAGGAGGAUAGUCAUGCUAUUCGUCCUGAGGGGUCCGGUGCCACUGAUGCUGAGAAGGCCAAGGAGACUCCUCUUCUUUGAAUCUGACCUCGGGGAGAUCAGUUUUCGGGGCUGCGUCCCAUUAUUUCUGUAAUUAUUUCAACUUGUGCCCACGGGGCUGAUACAAUUCCCUUUAUUAUUCUUUUAUAUACUUACAUUUCUUGGUUCGAAAUAUUUUGCAUAUUUUUAUAAUUGAUGGACCGGUUAUGUUUAUUUAUGCAUACAAACAUAGUUUGG